GGAUAUCCACUCUGUAUUCUAUACAAUUUAUUAUUGGCCGACAAACCAGUGAUUGUCAAACAUUUGUAUUAUACAAGUUGUGGUUUAUUUCUUUGUUACUUUAAUUAUGGGAUCGAUACCAUCCAUUCUGUGGUGAAUUGUCUGUUCGUUUAUAUAGUGUUGACAUAUAUCGGACCGAAACGCUCUGCAAUCGCUCUAAACCUGACAUUCUGUAUGACAUAUCUCUUAUGGGGCUAUUAUGUGACACAAAUCGGCUCCGAAUAUAGCUUCACGUGGACUAUACCUCAAUGUGUGCUAACACUGCGCUUAAUUGCCCUCACGUUUGACGUCUAUGACGGACACCGAAACGCAAAGUCAUUAAAUAGUUCUCCAAUUAAUUCAAAGAAAGGAAACUCACAAACAGAUGAAAGACGAGCGAUCAAUGAGGACACAGCGGUGGCUAAGAUUCCCACAUUAUUUGAAUUGCUAUCACACGCAUACUUUCCCGGCUCUUUCCUUAUGGGACCUCAAGUCAAAUAUAAUAAUUAUAUGAAAUAUAUUGAGUCCAAUGAAAACUUUUUGCCCAAAUGUUGGCUUCCAGGACUAAAGCGUUUGGUCGUUGGCCUCACAUAUCUGGCCAUUUACCAGAUUGGCUCCCAAUACUGGCCCACACAGUAUAUGUUAUCACAAGAAUUUGAGGGGGUUUGCAUAAUAUCUGGCGCAUCGUAUGACAAGAAGAGCGGUUCGGUGUACGAGUGCUCUAACGUUCAUGUGAUAAAUUUUGAGACGGCCACCACUUUUGGUGGUCUCAUCCGUUCAUUCAAUCUGACGACCAAUGAAUUUGCGGCCAAAUAUCUCUUCAAACGACUUAAAUUCAUGGGCUCUCGAAUGGCCAGUCAUUUCUUUACCCUAUUUUUCCUGGCCUUAUGGCACGGCUGGUCGACCGGGUAUUACGUGACGUUCGGUAUGGAGUUUCUCAUUAUGAAGAUGGAAUGGGAGGUACGGUAUCUAUAA